CUGGCUGAGGGGAGAAAUUAGCGGGCAGAAGCGGAGUACCGAAGGUGGGUGUUUUGGAAGCUUGCGUGAGGAAGAGGAGGCUGUAGCCUGGACGCCCCGGCUGAGGCUAGUGAGGAGGAAGCGGCAGCGGUACCAAUAGCUUUCACAGACUUCAGUUGGAAUCUCUGAAUACCUUCAGUCCUGGGAAUGUCUGACCUUAACCUGGAAGGACAGCAGUCUGUGGAACUCUGAAGCCUUCUUUUUCAGGACUGUGACUUCUUGGAACCUAAAUCCCAUUGUCCACGCUUCUCUAGCACCAUGUCAGGAAGCUACACUCCUACUGCUGGUGGGCCCUUCUCUGCUCUCACUCCCAGUAUAUGGCCUCAGGACAUCCUGGCAAAAUAUACCCAGAAGGAAGAAUCUGUUGAACAACCUGAGUUCCGAUAUGAUGAAUUUGGCUUCCGAGUAGACAAAGAAGAUGGUGCUGAGCCAAACUCCAGUAAGCUCCUGGGGAUCCCAUUGACUGAAGAGCCCCAGCAGAGACUGAAGUGGCAAGCCCAUUUAGAGUUCACGCACAACCAUGAUGUGGGAGACCUCACCUGGGACAAGAUGGAAGUCACACUGCCCCGUUCUGACAAGCUGCGGUUGUUGGUGCUGGCUGGCAUUCCGCACAGCAUGAGGCCACAGCUAUGGAUGCGACUAUCAGGAGCUCUACAGAAGAAAAGAAAUUCAGAGAUGUCUUACCGAGAAAUCGUGAAAAACAGUUCAAAUGAUGAGACUAUCGCAGCCAAACAAAUUGAGAAAGACCUGCUUCGCACCAUGCCCAGCAAUGCCUGCUUCUCCAACAUGAACAGCAUUGGAGUGCCACGGUUACGCAGAAUACUUCGGGGGCUGGCUUGGUUGUACCCAGAGAUUGGCUAUUGUCAAGGCACUGGCAUGGUAGUUGCUUCCCUGCUUCUCUUCUUGGAGGAGGAAGAUGCCUUUUGGAUGAUGUGUGCCAUCAUUGAAGAUCUGGUGCCUGCCUCCUACUUCAGCACCACUCUGAUAGGAGUGCAGACUGACCAACGUGUCCUACGCCAUCUCAUUGUGCAGUACCUGCCACGGUUGGACAAACUUCUCCAAGAGCAUGACAUUGAAUUGUCCUUGAUCACUCUGCACUGGUUCCUUACAUCAUUUGCUAGUGUGGUGCAUAUCAAGCUGUUGCUACGAAUCUGGGACCUCUUCUUCUACCAGGGAUCCAUAGUUCUCUUUCAGGCCACACUGGGCAUGCUCAGCAUGAAGGAAGAUGAACUAAUCCAGUCAGAGAAUUCUGCAUCUAUCUUCAACACGCUCUCAGACAUCCCUUCUCAGAUUGAGGAUCCAGAUGUGCUCCUGCAAGAAGCCAUGCGUGUUGCUGGAUCAUUGACAGAUGUGGCAGUGGAGACCCAACGUUGCAAACACCUCGCUUACCUCAUAGCAGACCAAGGGCAGCUGCUCAACCCCAGUGCUUCAGUUAACCUGUCAAAGAUUGUACGACGCAGAACUCAGCGCAGGAAGUCUGGGAUCACCUCAUUGCUUUUUGGGGAAGAUGAUGUGGAGGCACUGAAGGCUAAGAACAUUAAGCAAACAGAGCUGGUAGCAGACUUACGCGAGGCUAUCCUGCAAGUGGCACGGCAUUUCCAGUGUGUGGAUCCCAAGAGUUUCAGCAUAGAUCUAACUCCGGAUUAUACCAUGGAGAGCCACCAACGGGACCAUGAAAGCUACAUAGCAUGUUCCCGGAACCGGCGGCGACGUGCCAAGGCACUGCUGGAUUUUGAGCGCCAUGAUGAUGAUGAACUGGGCUUCCGCAAGAAUGAUAUAAUCACGAUAAUUUCCCAGAAGGAUGAACACUGUUGGGUGGGAGAGCUGAAUGGCCUGAGAGGCUGGUUUCCUGCGAAGUUUGUGGAGGUACUAGAUGAACGAAGCAAAGAGUAUUCCAUUGCUGGAGAUGACUCUGUCACUGAAGGUGUGACAGACUUGGUUCGGGGGACACUCUGUCCAGCCCUCAAGGCCAUAUUUGAACAUGGGUUGAAGAGACCAUCUCUGCUAGGGGGGGCCUGCCACCCCUGGCUUUUCAUCGAAGAGGCUGCUGGGCGUGAAGUAGAACGAGAUUUUGACUCUGUGUAUUCUCGUCUUGUGCUCUGUAAAACGUACAGGCUGGAUGAAGAUGGAAAAGUUCUAACUCCAGAGGAGCUGCUUUAUCGAGCCGUGCAGUCAGUGAAUAUGUCACAUGAUGUAGCACACGCCCAGAUGGAUGUGAAGCUUCGCUCUCUCAUCUGCAUUGGACUCAAUGAGCAGGUGCUGCACCUGUGGCUGGAGGUAUUGUGCUCUAGCCUGCAGUCAGUGGAGAAAUGGUUCCAUCCCUGGUCAUUCCUGCGCAGCCCUGGCUGGGUACAGAUCAAGUGUGAGCUCAGAGUCCUCAGUAAGUUUGCAUUCAGCCUCUCACCAGACUGGGAACUCCCUAUCAAGAGAGAGGAGAAGGAGAAGAGACCACUGAAGGAAGGCGUUCAAGACAUGCUUGUGAAGCACCACCUGUUUAGCUGGGACAUAGAUGGGUGACUCAUUGGAUUCAGUUUAGAUUACUUAGAUGGCAUCAAACACCCAGCAUAUGAUCCUCCUCAACCAGCCCAUUGCCCCUUCAUGCACUGCAUUCCCCAUCCCCUCGUUGUUAAGGGAAAGGCUCUUUAUAAUGAGCUGGUACAGAGCAAACUGAAGGUGGUGGAGAUUGUUUCCACUGUUGUAUUCUUUUUCAGACUGGCUAUUCAACUUGUCUUUUCCAUGGUAUCACUACAAGCAUGUAUGAGUCAUGAGUUCUACUUGAACCCAGCAUAUGAGGGGAGCAAACACCUCUUCCUUUGCAGAAGAUUUGAAAAGUUUGUGUAGAAGGGGAAGAAAAAUAGUGAAGGGCUGUUAAGUUUGCUAUAACCAGGGAGCAUCUACACGAAGAGGGCCAGGCUACCUGCUGAGUUUUUCUUUGAGAGAUGAGUCUGAUAUUAAACAGGCUCGUGUAAUGUUCUCCUCGUAUACCCACUGUGAUGUAUGAUGCACCCUUCAGCCUUGGCAAGGGAGACAGUCUGACUUCAGACUACUUUUCAGGUAUUGCAGUGCAUGGAGGGAUAGUUCUGCCACUGAGUGCCUAAAAUCCUGGGAUGAACUGCCUUCGUUCUUGUGUGAAGGGAAUCAGGUGGUUAUGGUAGUGGCAGCAACCUUAGUAGUGAUCUACUGUGGUUCAUAGCUGGACAGAAUCUGUUUGAUGUCAUUUUAGUUUAGAGCAGUUUUUUAAAGAGACCAAAAGAUGUAAAUUAUAUCCAGAAAUCUCUGUAUAUUUUGACCUUUUAGUUUAGGAUGUAGAGGUAAGACUGAGCUGGCUCAGGGAAGAUAGCAGCACCUUCUAGCAUCUCUGAGGACAGCAGCAGAUGCUGCAGGACAGGAGCACACAGGGGUGGGGGGUUGAGAAUAGAGUGCAUGUGAUAAUAGAAGCACUGUUGGGGGAGCACAAUCAACUCAUAAAAUGGAAGGAUCCGUGUCAUUUUGGUUUAUAAAUAAAAUUGCACAUCUUGUGA